GUCUCAUCACGGCAUUGAGCAACUCUCAAUCAACAGACAAGAUGACCAGUCUCACUGCUAAGGACAAGGACGCAGUCAGAACCUUCUGGGCUAAAGUGUCCGGGAAGGCAGAGGACAUUGGCGCCGAUGCUCUGGCCAGGAUGCUGGCUGUGUACCCGCAGACCAAGACUUACUUCGCCCACUGGAAGGACCAGAGCCCCACCUCUCCCUCAGCCAGGAAGCACGGAAUAACUGUGAUGACUGGAGUUGCAGAUGCUGUGACCAAAAUCGACGACCUGAAAGGAGGUCUUCUGAGCCUCAGUGAGCUGCAUGCCUUCACUCUGCGUGUGGACCCUGCUAACUUCAAGAUUCUCUCCCACAACAUCCUUGUGGUCAUGGCCAUCAUGUUCCCCACUGACUUCACUCCUGAGGUCCAUGUGGCUAUGGACAAGUUCCUGGCUGCUCUGGCUCUGGCCCUGGCUGAGAAAUACCGAUAAACAGCAGGAGAAGAUGACGGAGACUGCAGCAUGAGCUUACAUUGCAUGAUGAUCAAUAAAUGCAUGAAUGCAAAAAUGCAAAGCAA